AAUACUUGAUAGAAAAAUUAAACAAAAAUUCCAAAGAGUAUAGUAUCCAAAGGUUUUUUGCUAAAGAUUAUAAUUAACAUGAUGGGAGUGGCUGCUUUCUCAGUAGCUCUGAUGAUGAUAGCGGUGAUAAUCUCUCCUUGUGUUUAUGGAGAAGAGUUCUCCGAUCACCAUGAAAUUAAAGUACAAAGACUUAAGAAACGGCUCAACAAGCCUGCUCUUAAAUCUAUUAAGAGUGAAGAUGGAGAUAUAAUAGAUUGUGUUCCGAUAACUAGUCAACCAGCUUUGGAUCAUCCUCUACUUAAAAAUCAUACCAUCCAGAUGAGACCCAGUUUUAUCUCGGAAGAUGAACCUAAGAACACCAAGAAAAAAGAAAAGGCUAUAAUUCAGGUGUGGCACAAGAGUGGAGAUUGUCCGGAAAACACCGUUCCUAUAAGAAGAGCAAAGAAAGAAGAUAUCUUCCGAGCAAAAUCCUUUGAGAGUUUCAGGAGAAAAACUCGUCGAAGCAUUGCUGAAUAUAAAGAUCCAUCUAUAGGCCAUGAGUAUGCGAUCAUGCAAUUGAGGACAGGAAAGUUUUACGGGACAGAAUUUACAAUAAAUUUCUGGAACCCAAAAGUCCAAGCUUAUGGAGAGUUCAGCUUGGCUCAGACUUGGCUUUUGUCUGGAGAGGGCCCUAAUCUUAACAGCAUUGAAGCUGGUUGGCAGGUUUCUGAACAAAUAUACCUUGAUAAUAAUACUAGAUUAUUCGUUUUCUGGACGAACAAUGGAUACCAAGGAAAUCUGUGCUACAAUCUGCGUUGCCCAGAUCAUGGUUUUGUUCAGGUGAGCAAUCGUUUUACUGUAGGUGGAUCAUUAAUUCCCGUGUCACAAUACGACGGAGAACAACAAGCGCUCUCCAUGCAUAUAAGGAAGUAUGACGACAAAAACUGGUGGCUAAAGAUCGGUGAAGAGUUCGUCGGGUACUGGUCUGACGACUUGUUCACUUCUCUAAAAGAUGGAGCUACGGUAGUUCAAUGGGGCGGUGAAAUCGUUAAUUUGAAGACCGAUGGGAUACACACCACCACCGAGAUGGGAAGCGGACAUUUUGCAGAAGAAGGGUUUAGAAAAGCAAGUUAUUUCAGGAAUCUUAUGAUAUAUGAUGAAGCCAAUACUCUGAAAGAACCCCAACAACUUUCUCCCUUAACUGGUCAUGAUGGCUGUUACAACAUUAAGGCAGGAGAUGGUGGAACAGACUGGGGGGUUCAUUUCUUCUUUGGUGGUCCUGGUCGUAACGAAAAAUGCCCUUGAUUUGGAUCUGUGUAUUCCAAAGGUUUUGAGGAUUUUACAUAUGUACGUGUCUGUAUUUGAAUAAGAACGUGUGAUAGUCAUAUGAUUUAAGAAAAAAAUCCACGUCAUCGUUGUUAACUUUCCUUGA